AUGGUUCAUUUAGGUCCAAAACGUCCACAACAUAGAAAGGGUACAUUCACUGAUGUUCCAGAAGAAUGGAUGGAAGAAUUACACAAAGUUGAAGAUUUAUUAACAGUCUCAGCCGAUAAAUUGAAAGGUAUCACCAAGCAUUUCGUUUCUGAAUUAGAAAAAGGUUUAAGUGUUGCUGGUGGUAACAUUCCUAUGAUCCCAGCUUGGGUCAUGGAAACUCCAACUGGUAAAGAAACUGGUGAUUAUUUAGCUAUUGAUUUAGGUGGUACAAAUUUGAGAGUUGUGUUAGUUAAAUUAGGUGGUGAUUGUACUUUUGAUACUACUCAAUCAAAGUUCGCUUUACCUGGAUAUAUGAGAACUGGUACUUCUGAUCAAUUAUUCGAUUUCAUUGCUGAAUGUUUAAAGAAAUUUGUUGAUGAAUUUUUCCCCGAAGGUUGCUCAGAACCUUUACCUUUAGGUUUUACUUUCUCAUACCCAGCUUCUCAAUCAAAAAUUAAUUCAGGUGUCUUACAAAGAUGGACUAAAGGUUUUGAUAUUGAUAAUGUUGAAGGUCAUGAUGUUGUUCCAAUGUUACAAGCUUCAAUUGAAAAAUUCAAAGUUCCAAUUAAUGUUGUUGCUUUAAUUAAUGAUACUACUGGUACUUUAGUUGCUUCCAUGUAUACUGAACCUGAAGCUAAAAUGGGUUUAAUUUUCGGUACUGGUUGUAAUGGUGCUUAUUAUGAUGUUGUUAAAGACAUUCCAAAAUUACAAGGUAAAAUGCCAUCAGAUAUUCCAGCUGAUUCUUUAAUGGCUAUUAAUUGUGAAUAUGGUGCUUUUGAUAACGAACAUUUAGUUUUACCAAGAACUAAAUACGAUCUCCAAAUUGAUGAAGAAUCUCCAAGACCUGGUCAACAAGCUUUCGAAAAAAUGAUCUCAGGUUACUACUUAGGUGAAGUCUUAAGAUUAAUCUUAUUAGAUUUAACUGAAGAUAAAGGUUUAUUCUUCAAAGAUCAAGAUUUAACCAAAUUAAAACAACCUUUCAUAAUGGAUACUUCAUUCCCAGCCAGAAUCGAAGAAGAUCCUUUUGAAAACUUAUCUGAAGUUCAAGAAUUAUUCGAAUCUGUUUUAGGUCUUCAAAUUACUUUACCUGAAAGAAAAGUUGUUAGAAGAUUAGCUGAAUUAAUCGGUGAAAGAUCAGCUAGAUUAUCUGUUUGUGGUAUUGCUGCUAUUUGUCAAAAGAGAGGUUACACCACUGGUUUCGCUGCUGCCGAUGGUUCAGUUUAUAACAAAUACCCAAGUUUCAAAGAAAGAGCUGCUAAAGGUUUAAGAGAUAUUCUCGAUUGGACUGAAAAAGAUGAUCCAAUUAAAAUUAUACCAGCUGAAGAUGGUUCAGGUGUUGGUGCUGCUAUCAUUGCUGCUUUAACUGAAAAAAGAAUCUCUAAAGGUUUAUCAGUUGGUAUGUCUGAUGCUUAA